AUGAGGGCGCUUGGAAAGGUUGCUUGGGCAUGGCUGCUGCUCCUGCAGCUCGCCGGGGCGUCUCAUGUCGUCUACGACUACGAGAACCUCGAGGUGGAGGCGGCGGCGGCAGCCGCUGUACCGCCCUCCAUUGUCGACCCCCUGCUGAGGACAGGGUACCAUUUCCAGCCUCGCAAGAACUGGAUCAAUGCUCCAUUGUACUACAAGGGGUGGUACCAUCUCUUCUACCAACACAACCCGAAAGGCGCCGUGUGGGGCAACAUCGUAUGGGGCCGCUCGGUCUCACGUGACCUCAUCAACUGGGUCGCCCUGAAGCCGGCGAUCGAGCCCAGCAUCGCAUCCGACAAGUAUGGCUGCUGGUCAGGGUCGGCGACCACGCUGCCCGACGGCACGCCGGCGAUCAUGUACACAGGCGUGAACCGUCCCGACGUCAACUACCAGGUCCAGAACAUCGCGUACCCUCGGAACAAGUCGGACCCGCCGUUCCGGGAGUGGGUGAAGCCCUCGCACAACCCCAUCAUCGUGCCCAAUCCAGAGAGGCAAAGAGGAACAGCAGCAAUCCUGGCGGCUGGCGCUAGCGAUCUUAUCUGCCGCGAGUGCUCAGCUGCACGCACAGGCUGA